UCUCGAUGGUAAACAAAUCAAUGCGAAUCGAAACACUAAGGGAUGAAAUUUGAACUUAUCAAUUAGAUACCUCUGACCAACAUAUAUCACGCAAAAGAGAUUCAAAUUUCUAUCUCCACUCCAUGUAUUAGGCACAGCCCUUUUCAAUAUGAACAUUUACCAAAAGAGUCAACCUGCUCGCCACCUUUGAUAUAACUUGUAUUUGUCCCCUGGCAGUGCAACACAAUGCCACCGAGAAGAUCGCAUAAGAAAUCCAAAGCCGGAUGUCAAAGAUGCAAGCAUAGGAAGAUCAAGGUAGCCAGUCAUUGUUAAUAGUAUCAUAAGAUGUCAUGAGCAUGUGCUAAUUUUGAGUCAGUGUGAUGAAAAACAUCCCUUGUGUGGAAAUUGCAAAAAGCAUGGUCCGUAUAUCUUCACUAGAGAGCAGAAUACAUGUUGAUGUUGACUAUUAGGCGUUUCCUGUGACUUUGCCGACAACCCAUCGUCACCUGACUCACCAGCCUUCCAACCUCCAACGCUAUCUCACCAAACUUCAGAUGAAUCCGUGGCCCAUGUAUCUUCACCAGCUUCUACCAAUUCUUCGAUAAUGCCAUUCUAUCGAUCCCCUACGCAGAUGAUCAGAGGCCAUAGUAAUUCAGUACAUGAUCGAUCACUUGAGCUCAGGCUUAUGCACCAUUAUACGGCAGCGACUUCGAAAACUCUAUCUAAUGAUGAAAGUCAGGACGUUGCUUGGUCUGUCGACGUACCGUCACUCGCUUAUGAUUCUCCAUUUUUGAUGGAUGCUAUUCUUGCUGUAUCUGCUCUACAUUUACGUAUAUUACAACCCGAUGAUCGAAGUCUUGUACGUGCUUCACAUAGUUAUAUGGCAUCGGCGCUUGCUCAAUAUUCUUCUCUGUUGAACAGAGGUCUGUCCGAGAGCAAUGCAGAAGCUCUUUUUUGUACAGCUGCUCUCAUUGCUUUCCAAGCAUCGGCAUCCCGUUGUGUCGAGAAUGGAAUUGAUGGUGAUUCUGAUAGUGGUUAUGUCUUUCCACUCGCUUGGUUUCAUUCUUUUCAAGGGGUGAAGACAGUCGUCAUAACUUCCUGGCAAUGGUUGCGGAAUUCCGAGAAAAUAUUUCCUAUCAUCAAUGGGCAGCCUCCAUUAGUACUGGAUCUUGAUCCUGAUCGCCGAGCUUUCUUUGCUUAUUUACUCGAAGGUACCGAAGACGAAUCAAGGUCAAAUGAUGCUUACAUAAAUGCGGAUACGAAGCGGGCAUACGAACAUGCCGUUGCAAUGCUAAACUGGGCCCAUCAAAACCAGAGAGCUCGAAUUCUUGGUUUUGCGGCCACCGUAUCGCGCCGUUAUAUUGAGCUAUUGAAGGAACAGGAUCCUCGUGCUUUAGUCAUUUCUGCAUGUUUCUUUGCUAUGACACGCAUCGUUGAUGAAAUUUGGUGGCUCCAAGGUGUCGCUAAGAGAGAAGUAACUGGAAUUUUUAGCUUGUUACCGGAAGAGUGGUGGCCUAAGAUGGAUUGGCCGAUGAAGAUUUCACAUUUUGAGGGAAAUCUGGAUGAGAAUACUUGGGGUUCUUGUUGGCAUUCUGAGGGCACGCCAAAACGAGAAGAAGGCUUCAAUGGCAAUCUUAUCUCGCAUAUUGAUAUGUUGGCACAAAUUUUGAACCAAACCGCACCGCCACCAGAUUGAAAUAAUUCAUAUCUAAAUUGUAAGAUUGCAAGCGCAGGAAUGGGAAAUCCCUUUGAUCAAUUCCGGAUCAUUGCGGUUAUCGAAGUGUUGGGAUUGGGAUAACAGUCACUCACUGGAAAAGAAGCACUUACGCUAUUAUGCAUGCUUCCUCCUGGGCUAUCGGGAGCACUCAAGGCAUAUAUACACGGCUAAAUAACACAGCCGACUGUUGAUGCUGAUGAUGAUGUACAGUACGAGCUAUCAAGCUCCAAAUCUUUCAGGUUUUAAUGUGUAAUCAAUAUGUAAUACAAAUUCAUGUAUGGGCGCAUGAAGCACAAGGGAUGAUUCUAUUAAUAAGUAAGAAAUCUUGAGAUUAUAUUCGCAUAAUUUUUGUCCCUCUUUUCUUUUUAAAGUUUGUGAAUCUCAUGGGAAUAAAUGCAAACUCUUCUUCCCUCUCAGAGUCAUAUAGCUCUGCUGUUGGAGAUAUGAUAGAU